GAGCGUCUUCUCAAUCACCCCCGAUUAUCCUGCGCACAUCCACUUAUCCUGCGCACUUCAACUCUUCUUACUCCAUGGCGCCAGAUAUCCAGCUCCCGUGCGACGGAGAUGGCCAGUGCAUGCGUUGCAAAGCAAAACCACCGGCCGAAGAGAACCUCACGUGCUGCUUGUGCGCCACUCCUUGGCACGUCACGUGCUUGACUAAACCUCCGGAGACUCUCGCCUCUGCCGUUUCGUGGCAUUGUCCGGAUUGUUCUGGAGAUGAGAAGGCGGCUGUACCUUUGGGCCCGGCGGCGGCCGGAGAGGGCGGGCAGAUAGUGGCGGCGAUACGGGCGAUUGAGGCGGACGAGACGUUGACGGACAAGGAGAAGGCGAGGAAGAGGCAAGAGUUGAUGAGUGGGAGAGUUGAAGAAAUGGAGGGAAACGACGAGGAGAAAAAGAAGAAGGGGAAGGAGAAGGAGAGUGAGAGGGAAAGAGAUGUUCUACACUUGCUCGAUGGGAGCUUGAACUGUUCGUUUUGUAUGCAGUUGCCUGAAAGACCUGUUACGACCCCAUGUGGCCACAAUUUCUGCCUUAAAUGCUUCCAGAAAUGGAUUGGGCAAGGGAAGCGUACCUGUGCUAAAUGCCGCAACACAAUUCCUCCCAAAAUGGCAAGUCAGCCUCGCAUUAAUUCUACACUUGUAGCUGCCAUCCGUAUGGCAAAGCUGUCAAAAUCAAACCAAGCUUGUGGACCACUGAAGGUUUAUCAUUUUGUGCAAAACCAAGAUCGGCCAGACAAGGCAUAUACUACUGAGCGUGCACAGAAAACUGGGAAGGCCAAUGCUGCCAGUGGAAAGAUUUUUGUCACUGUACCACCUGAUCAUUUUGGGCCUAUCCCGGCAGAAAAUGAUCCUGGGAGAAAUCAGGGUGUGCUGGUUGGCGAAUGUUGGGAAGAUAGAUUGGAGUGCCGGCAGUGGGGUGCUCAUCUUCCUCAUGUUGCUGGUAUAGCUGGACAGUCAACAUAUGGUGCUCAGUCAGUGGCUCUCUCUGGAGGUUAUGAGGACGAUGAAGAUCAUGGAGAGUGGUUCCUCUAUACAGGAAGUGGAGGUAGAGAUCUCAGUGGUAACAAACGUACAAACAAGGAGCAGUCCUUUGAUCAGACGUUUGAUAAAAUGAAUGAGGCCCUCCGAGUUAGUUGCAAAAAGGGCUACCCUGUCCGGGUUGUAAGGUCUCACAAAGAGAAGCGCUCUGCUUAUGCCCCUGAGAAAGGUGUGCGCUAUGAUGGAGUCUAUAGAAUUGAAAAAUGCUGGCGAAAAGUUGGAAUUCAAGGUUUUAAGGUCUGCCGGUAUUUAUUUGUUAGAUGUGACAAUGAGCCUGCUCCAUGGACGAGUGAUGAAUAUGGGGAUAGACCAAGACCUUUGCCAGUUAUUCAAGAGUUUAAGAAGGCUACUGACAUAACAGAGAGGAAGGAAAGUCCAUCCUGGGACUUUGAUGAAGAAGAUUCUCACUGGAAGUGGAAAAAACCCCCGCCUCCCAGCAAAAAACCUGUGGGUACAGGAAAUCCUGAGGACAGGAAGAGGAUAAGGAAAGCUAUAAGGCAAGCACAAAACACAAGUGUAAGAGAGAAGCUACUGAAAGAGUUCAGCUGCCUAAUCUGUCGGCAAGUGAUGACUCUUCCAAUUACCACACCUUGCGCUCAUAACUUUUGCAAGUCAUGUUUGGAGGGUGCAUUUGCUGGUAAGACUUUUAUCAGGGACAGAAGCAAAGGUGGACGGACACUUCGAACACAAAAGAAUGUCAUGCAGUGCCCUUCAUGCUCAACCGACAUCUCUGAAUUUCUUCAAAAUCCUCAGGUUAACAGAGAAUUAAUGGAUGUGAUUGAGUCACUGAAACGUAAGACUGAAGAGAAUGAAGAUCCUGCUGCUGAGUUGAGUGAAGAAGAGACUGAUGCAAUGGAGGGAAAUCUUGAUCCAACAUCUGCAACCAAUGACACUGCUGCAAAAAUGUCUGAGAAAAGUGACAUGGAAGAGGAUUUGCAGAAUACUCCUGCCAAACGGACUAGCAAGCAGAUGAAAAUUGACAAGGAUGGAGAGAAAAACGAGAUUUAUACUGAGAAGCCUGAUGACACUGCUGAAGAAAUGUCUGAGAAAAAUGACUUGAAAGAGGAUUUGCAAAGCACUCCUGCCAAACGGACUAGCAAGCGGAUGAAAGUUGACAAGGAUGGAGAGAAAAACAAAAUUUCGACUGAGAAGCCUGAUGUUCCAGAUGCAGACACUGUGACUAAAGAAGUUCAGUCCGGAGUCCCUGAUAAUAGCCACAAACACUUGUCUAACGACGGUGGCAGCUCAGUAAAAGAGAGUUCUGGGGCACAGACUCCUGCAAAUGGCAAACCCAAACGGAUUAGCAAGCGGAUGAAAGUUGACAAGGAUGGAGAGAAAAACAAGACCUCGACUGAGAAGCCUGAUGGUCCAGAUGUAGACACUGAAUCUAAAGAAGUUCAGUCCAGAGUUCCUGAAAACUUGCCUAACAAGGGUGGAAUCUCAGAGAAAACGAGUUCUGGAGUACAGACCAGAAGCAUGAAAGCUCAAGCACCAACAGAUGAAGGAGACUCCCCAUCAAGUACCCUACAUCUGCAGUCAUCAGAUGAUGAUUUCGAAUAGCUUGUUGGAUACCAUCAGGUAUGCAACUUCAUUUUGGCAGUGAAAGUUACUGCAAUUUAAAGAUACUAUUGGUUGUUAUAUAUUCCUAUCUUUUGGGAAUAGGGCUAGGGAAAUUAGGGAUUGACCACAGCUUAAUUAGUAUAUGAUAGCUGAUUUUUGGGGAGAUAAACUGCGAAUACUCAGUUUCUCCUAUUCGAUCCUAAACCAAUAUGUUUGAUGUAUUUGAUAUUAAUGUCAAUUGAAUUUCAACAUUUGCACUUGGAAAAGUUAA